GAUGAUUGCAGUGGUGGUGAUGAUGAUGAUAGUGGUGAUGGUGGUGGUGGCAGUGGUGGUGUUGGUAAUGUUCCCACUGCUGGAAAUAAAGCUGGCCAUUUUCUAGAGAAAGCUCAUGACAUUUGCUAUCUGCUUUCCAACCACCUGCAGAAAUCAUCCUCUGUGCUCCCCAUUCCCAUCCUGAUGAGGCUGCCUGCAUGAUCAGGGUGCACUGGACCCCAGGAAGUCAGCACAGGCCAGGAUGAGUCCUCAGCUCACUGCCCAGCCAUGGCCCACACUUCUGUCACUGCAUCCUGGUCUUUCCCCAAACUGUUGACCACAGGCCACACACCCUGUGACCAGCUCUGUGCCCACUGCUAACCCAUUGGCAUUUGGGUUCCUUAUGUGCCAAGGCCUUGAUAAGCACUCACAGGAAGUUGUCUCUGGUGGAGCUGCCCUCCCAGACCCCCUCCUGCCCUCUCCUACCCCAGCCGUGGUUCACCUGAGGAUGUUCACUUCCUCUUCUUGCCCCUCAGACCCUCUCGGACCUCCCUCCCCUCCCCUAGAGGCACAACCUGGCCUAAGGAGUAGCUUCUCUGCCCACAGCCAGGAGGUAGAAGCCCCGCUCGCCCCUGGCCUCCGGACUGUGUCCCCAACUGCUUCCUUCAAGCGGACAUCCAGCAAACGUCUCACGGGAGACACAUCCCUCCUGCCUGAGCGCACAGCCGCUCCCGCCUCCCAUCCCUGCACACGGCCCUCCCCCUCUCGGGGGGUGACAGAUCCAUCCUUCCAGUUGCUCAGAGUGAGCCACAUUCUCCUGGUUUCCAGGAACCCCACGGGCUCUGUCAUCGGAGAGCAUCCGGAUUCUGCCCACUUCCCCGCCUCUCUGGCCUGGAUGACUGCACGAGACUCCUACGGUUUCCCAUCCACCCCCGCCGCCGUCUGUGCUCCACGCAGCAGUCGAAGGAGCUCCACGCUGCUGGGCUCACAGCCUCCAGUGACUGUCUGAGCAAGGGCUGCCAGCAGCCAGGUGGAACUGCAACCCCGGCUCCCAGCUGCCCUGUCAAAGCUCUCAGGCCGCCCACGUACUAUGAGAUGCACUUCUUCCCCUCCCUUUGCUCCCCGACUAGGGCAUCUACUCUGCGUAGGUGCAGGCUUUGUCUGUUUUGCUCAAUGGUGAGGAGGAGAACGAGGAGGUAAGGACGAGGAGGCGCAGGAUGACGCAGUGCCCAGCCCCGGCGGCUCAGAGGAGGUGCUUAGUAAAUAUUUGUUGAGAGAAUGAAUGCAUGGAAUGCAUUUCUAUUUCCAGCCCCAGCCAGGCUCCUGGAAGUGCAGAAACAGGAGCAGACUUGCAAAGGAGGAUAAAGCCCGGACGUGGAGGGCUCGAGGUGGGCUUGGACUGCUGGAGGUGCUAAGAAACAGUUUCCUUCCUCCUCAGAUCUCUCCGCAGCCUGCGACAGGCCAGGUUUCCCAAGCAACUCAUCUGGCUGGGUUAAGAGGGGCCAGAGAGGGUCUGGGGUGGGGGAGGGAAGGCUGAGGCCCCAGCUUGUCCCUGUAGCUGCUCCGGUUCCAAAUGCCUGGAAGCCUGGACUCGUUCCCACCCAGCCGAGGCAGGCUGCAGAGAGCUGACUCCUUUAAGCCGGCCCCGGCGUUUACCCCAGAGCCACAGGUUCUGCCCCGGCUGCCCUGAGGCUGGCCUCAUGGGGGUGGCGCCCCCCACCCCCACAGCGUGCCCCUCCCCUCCACGCAAGCGAGCCCAGCCUGGCCCCCUCACAGUCACGUGUCCCUCGCGGAGGCCACUCCACGAGUCACAAGGCAGAGUUUCCAUUGGCGUCAAACGUACGUGGAUGCUGGAUCUGGGAUGGACAGGAGCCAAGAGGGGAAAAGCCAGUUUUAGAAAAUUCACAUGCCUGGGGGUUACAGAGGGCAGACCCCCGAGGGCACCACAUCCCCAUGGCAGGGGUGGGAAUGGCCCUUGGGGCAUAGACCCAGUACGUGUGCACACUCUCCCUCUCUGUCCAUCACUCCCACACACACAUGCACACGCACACGCAAGCACACACAUGCACACAUGCACACACACGUACACACACUCCCCACUGACUGAGGAGGCCACACAAACCCAGGCCUGAGCCCCAGCCCACUGCCUGCAGGUUCAGACACUUGGGCACGUUUCUCAGCCAUUUGGAGCCUCAGUUUUCCCAUCUGGGAAAUGGGGACAGUGAUAUCUCAGAGACACUGUAGCCAUCACCGGAGGGGACCACAGACCACUCUCGGAGGGGGUGCCAGGCAUCGUGUUCGCAUCUGGUGAGGAAGGGUCUAGCCUGACCCUUGGCUUCCUCCAUCCCAGAUGUCCCUUGAGGCAUGUGGCCUGGGGUGGGGGAUCCGGAGAGGAAGAGAGACAGGCCAGGAUGCACGGUGACCCCAGGUGAGGCCCACAGACCCGGGUAGAUGACCACCACUCCCACUGGAAUCCUCAAGACUGGAGCAGCCAGGAAAUUCUGUCCAAGCCGAGUCCCUGGGUUUGCGAGACCUUGCACUCCACCUCACAGGGGUCGUCUGGGUUUGUGGUCUCUGGCCAGGUGGGUGUGGGAGCCUCUCUCCUCCAGCUCAGUCUCACACUACACCAGAAAGGGAAGGGCAAGAGCACUCCCUCGACCCAGAAGACCCCCAGAUCAAGAGACCACCCAGGCUACAAUCAACUCCGAUGGCACUUUUAAUCACCCCAGCAGGAAUGGCGACUGUAAACAGACUUUCAACAACUUCCAGAGACACACACACCUCCCGGGCAAAACUGUGUUUCCAUAAACCUUGUAGAAAUGACUCGGAGAGCUGGCUGAGUGAGGGCCGCCUGGACACCAGUGUGCAGGCACCGAGUCCUCAGCACCGCCACACUCAGCCGUCCUGCGAGCCCCAGACCCUGGAACACUCCAGCUGCCUCUCCAUUUGUCUAGUGGGAUGUUUCCUCCCAGUGCCCCCAUUACCCCACACCCCGUCUUCUUCUGGGCUCCCGGUGGCUCCCCCAACACUUGCUCUGCUGAUGGGUGCAUUCUCCCCAAGUCUGGCCGUGAAGCCAUCCUGGUUGCCUCGGUUUCCCCUGCUGGCCAGGCAGUCACCAGCCUCAGUGGGAAUGCCACUCUUUGCCACCACCCGGCCUGGCUCAGUGGGAUGCCUGCACCUCCCCAUGUUGCACUCCUCCAGCCCAUUCUCUGGACACUCGGAUGAGAACAAGGCUACUGGUCAGGGGUGUGAGGGCAGGGAUCAGCCUCAGAGACCAUCCCAUCUCUGUGAGUGUCCUGCAGCUGCCAAGCAAAGUGCCACCAAAGGGGCAGCUGAGACCAACAGAAAUGUAUUCCCUCUUGGUUCUCAGGCCAGAAACCCGAGCUCAAGGCGUCAGGAGAGCCAGCCCUCCUCUGUCAGCUCCAGAAGAGAAUCCGUUUCUCGCUUUCCCAGCUUCUGGUGUUGCUGGCAACCAUUGGCAUUCUUGACUUGUGGCUGCACUGCUCCCAUCCCUGCCCCCGGAGUCACGUGGCCUUCUCCCUGGCCUUGCUGUGUGUCCCCUCCUCUUAUAAGACUCCAGUUACUGGGUUUAGGGUCCACACAAAUCUAGUAGGACCUCACCUUGACUUAAUCACAUCUGCAAAGGUCCUUCUUCCAAAUAAGGUCACGUUCCCCAUUUCUGGGUAGAUGUAAGUUUAGGGGGGCCGCUAUGUAGCCCAGUGCCAUCCUCCUACAGACCCCAGGAUGGCUGAGGAAUCCAGUCUCAGCUGAGAUGCAUCAGGCUGCUUAGGAUCAGAGCCUGGACCACACUGAGCACUCACAUUCUCUCCUGAUAUUCUUUCAAGCAUGCCAGUAACGUCUGUUCCUGGAAACCCCAGGUCAAUCCCCACCACCAGUGCUCCUGCUGCCUGGAGAAGAAAAUGCUCCAGACCCCUCCUUCCCAGCCUGCUGGGUUCCCUCCAACCCAGGCCCAGCCCCCUUCUCCAGGGAUUGAUAAGACGCCAUUUCCAGAUAUAUUGUUAAGUGGCAAAAGCAGGCAGCAGUACGCAGUGACCCGUCUUGUGCGUAAUAAAGUGUAAAAAUAUGCAUAUGU